CGAGGGCUCCCUGAACGUGGAGGGGCACCGUGCACGAUGGGGGACGAGGUGAAGAGGAAGAAGGACAAAAACAAGGACGACAGGGUGACUUUGAAGAAGGAAAUUGGACUUUUGAGCGCGUGCGCCAUCAUCAUUGGAUCACGGGUUUCCUGGAUGGAGCAUGUCCCAGCUAUUUUCGGGCGUGAGGAAGGGUACACUCUGGACUGGUUGCCAGCCAAUCGCAGGGCAAUAUUAAAGGCAACAUCAUCGGCUCGGGCAUCUUCGUGUCCCCGAAAGGUGUCCUGGAGCAUGCUGGCUCAGUGGGGUUGUCGCUCAUUGUGUGGGUAUGUGGAGGUGGGAUCUGCGUCCUGGGUUCCAUGUGCUACGCCGAGCUGGGCGUCACCAUCCCAAAGUCGGGAGGAGACUACUCAUAUGUGACAGAAAUCUUCGGCGGUCUCAUCGGCUUCCUGUUGCUAUGGAGCGCCGUGCUCAUCAUGUAUCCAACCACGCUGGCCGUCAUUGCGCUCACCUUCGCCAACUAUGUGCUGCAGCCUGCCUUCCAGAACUGCCUGCCGCCCUACGCGGCCACCCGAUUGCUGGCCACCAUCUGCGUCUUGUUCCUGACAUGGGUGAACUGCUCUAGUGUACGCUGGGCCACGAGGAUCCAGGAUGUAUUCACGGUGGGGAAACUGCUAGCCUUGGGCCUCAUCAUCAUUGUGGGACUGGUUCAAAUCGGUCGAGGCUACUACGAUGCUCUGGUGCCCAGUGUAGCCUUCGAGUUCAGUCAAGAACCGUCCGUGGGUCAGAUUGCGCUGGCCUUUCUGCAGGCGUCUUUUGCUUACAGUGGGUGGAACUUCCUCAACUACGUCACCGAGGAGGUGGUAGACCCACGCAAGAACCUACCCCGUGCCAUUUACAUCUCUAUCCCCUUGGUGACACUGGUGUACACCAUGACCAACAUCGCCUACUUUUCCUCCAUGACCCCUGAGGAGCUGCUGGCCUCCAAUGCCGUGGCAGUGACUUUUGGUGAAAAGCUGCUGGGCAUGUUCUCUUGGGUGAUGCCAAUUUCCGUAGCUCUGUCCACCUUUGGAGGCAUCAACGGAUAUCUUUUUACCUCCUCUAGGUUGUGUUUCUCAGGGGCCAGGGAGGGUCACCUACCUUACUUGCUGGCCAUGAUCCACCUGAAGAACUGCACCCCCAUCCCUGCCCUGCUGGUCUGCUGCUUCGCCACCAUCGUCAUCCUUUGCAUCGGUGAGACGCACAACCUCAUCAACUAUGUGUCCUUUAUCAAUUAUUUGUCGUACGGCGUCACCAUUGCCGGUCUGCUCUACCUCCGCAAAAAGAAGCCAGAUCUGGUGCGACCAAUAAAGGUGAACCUGCUGAUCCCCAUAGCCUACAUGGUGUUCUGGGUGGUGCUGCUGUGCUUCAGCCUGUACUCUGAGCCAGUGGUGUGCGGCCUGGGCAUGGUCAUCAUGCUCACCGGCGUGCCUGUCUACUUUGUGGGUGUCUGGUGGAAGAACAAGCCCAAGUGGAUUUAUAGAUUCACAGAAAAACUGACCUACAUGGGCCAGAAGGCGUGUUACGUGAUGUUCCCUCAGGAAGACCCGGUUGAGGCAGAACUUCUCACGUCUUCCAAAGACAGAGACUGAGCCUUCAUCGGCUCGGAUGGGAUAAUUCAUACUUACACUCUUUUUGAAAUAUCCGAUGAUAGACACACGAACACAAGACAGAUGCAAUGCACCCAGAAAGUAUUCCCAGUUCUUCACUUUUACCCUAUUUUAGAUUAGAGCUUUAUUCCAAAGUUGAAUAAUUUUCCUGAAAAUUCUACACAUGCCACCCCAUAGUAACACAAAAUUUUUUUUUUUUCCAUUUUUGCAAAUUUCUUUGCUUGGUUUGUGCCCGGACAUUGCAUUGUCAGCUUUUGGGAGCUCUGUAAGGUGUGUGCCUUUCUAAAUCAUGCCCAAACAUUUGAAGGUGCAGAAACAUAUCAAGAGUGAUCAAUGGAAACACAGUGCACCUGAGCUUAAUUUUGAGCUUCAUGGCAAAGGCUGUGAAUAUUUAUGGACAUGUAAUCUAUUUUAGUAAUUUUUUUUAUAUACGUAAAUGUGGGCGGCACAGUGGAGCAACUGGUUAGAGCGUUGGCCUCACAUUUCUGAGGACCAGAGUGUGGAGUUUGCAUGUUCAUCCAUUUCUGCGUGGGUUUUCUCCGGGCACUAAGGUUUCCUCCCACAUCCCAAAUACAUGCAUUCAUUGGAGACUCUAAAUUGCCCCUAAGUGUGAUUGUGAGUGUGACUUUUCUGUCUCUAUGUGCCCUGCGAUUGGCUGGGAACCAGUUCAGGGUGUACCGCACCUCCUGCCCGAUGAUGGUUAGGAUAGGCUCCAGUACUCACGUGACACUUGUGAGGAUAAGCGGCUCAGAAAAUGGAUGGAUGAAUGUAGAUAAAUGUGCUAAAGUUGAAAAAAGAAAGAAAUUUACAUCAUUAUGGAAUGUGUAGAAUUAUAGGGGAAAACUAUUAAGUCAAUCCAUUUUGGAAUGCAGCUGUAACAUCCGGGUAAAAUGUGGAAAAAGUGAAGUAAUGUCAAUGCUUUCUUUUCUGAGCUCACGCCCACAUACAGAGCCACACGUAUUCGAGGGUUUGGUGCCACCCACAGGUCAAAACGUGGACAGUUUUGGUCAGGAAGCGUUUGGAACAGGACUGGAACAGAACUUGAAAACAUGUUCUACCGGACCUCAUGAUUUCCCACAUUCAGCACUUUCUGUUUUUCUGAUGCUCAAGGGUUCCCCACUGAGGAUUGGGGUGCUUACCGCAAUUUUUAAUUUUUGUUUUUCCAUACAUGUUGGGCUUUUUUUGCCCACACUAAAAUAACUUUCAGCUCACAAAAAGCAGAUUUUAGUUAAUCUGAAGACCUUGUACGAAACAUUUUUCACUGCAAAGACUUUUUUUGCUUUUAUUUUGUUAACUUUUGGUUUUGUUAUUGAGGAUAACUAAACUGUUAUUAGUUCUCCAUCCAUGCAUCCAAUGUGCCUUUUCCGUAAAACUGCCCAAACCAAGGGCAGCCCCCUGUGGUAUUUGAUUUUUUUAUUUUAUUUUAUUUUUUCUGGGCGGGGGCUUUCAAGUGGACCUUUAAGAAUUUUGGAGUGGAAUACUAAAAUAAUGAGAAAAAAAUAUUUCUUUUAAAGUUCAUCCCCUGUUGACCGCUGAACUCUUUAUGUGCCUUAUUGAUGAGUAUAUGUUUUGUGUGAAUAUUGUUGUAAUUUUUGUCAUAUUUACUGGCACGGGAACAUAGCUAAACUAAACUGUUUUUCAUUGGCUGAUGCCAAGGCACAGUGGGCAACCAGUUAGCACAUCCACCUCACAGUUCUGUGGACCAGGGUCAAAUCCAGCCCUGCCUAUUUGGAGUUUGCAUGUUCUCUGUGUGCCCGUGUGGGUUCUCUCCUGGUAUUCUGGUUUCCUUCCACAUCCCAAAAACAUGCAUGGUAGCUUGAGUGGGGACUAAAUUGCCUGUGUAGUUGUGAAUGGUUGGUUUGUAUGUGGCCUGCGAUUGGCUGGUGUACCCUGAGGAUAGCUGUCACGUCCAUGACCGUAAUGAGUGGGAGGGAAAAUGCAUGGGUGGAUGGGUGAUUGCCUGAUCAGAAAAAAAACAAAAUGGUACACAUCCAUCUAUAUUUUUAUGUGACAAACCCAAGUGAAGUUAGGACAUAAAUAUAAACAGAAUACAAUGAUUUGCAAAUCAUGUUCAACGUAUAUUUAAUUUAAUACACUUCAAAGACAAGAUAUCUAUUGUUUAAACUGAUAAACUUUAUUGCGUUGAGCAAAUAACCAUUAACUUAGAACAUUAUGGCUGCAACAUAUUUAAAAAUAAAGAUGUGGAAGGUGGCAAAAAAAGUGAGAAAGUUUAGCUCAUAAAACAACUUCUUGGAACACCUCACAGGUAAACAGGCUGAUUUGAAACAUCAAAAGAUCAAAAGAGUGACUUAGCAAAGGCUAACUAUCAACAACACCAAGAAAAGCCACUUGCUUCUCUGAGCUCAAGUUCAUCUAAGAUGGAGUGAUCCAAAGUGGGAAAGUGUUUUGUGGUCCGACAAGUUCACAUUUCAAAUUAUUUUUGGAAAUUGUGGACAUCAUGUUCUCAGGGACAAAAAGGAAAAGAACCAUUCAGACUGUUAUGGAUGCAAAGUUCAAAAUCCAACAUCUGUGAUGGUAUGGGGCUGUGUUAGUGCCAAUAACACAGGUUACUUGGACAUCUGUGAAGGCACCAUCAAAGCUGAAUGGUAUAUACAACCCGUUGAACAGGUGAAGCUGUAUAUCAAGCAAGAAUGGGAAACAAUUCCACCUGGAAAGCUUCAACAAUUAGUGUCCUCAGUUCCCAAUUGUUUAUACAAUGUUUUUAAAAGAAAAGGCAACACUGGUAAACAUGACCCUGUACCGGCAUUUUUGGAAAGUGUUGCAGUCAUAAAAUUCUAAGUGAAUGAUUAUUUUGAUUUAAAAAAAAAAUCAAGUUUAUCAGUUUGAACAUUAAAUAUCUUGUCUUUGCAGUGUAUUCAAUUAAAUAUGAAGUCGGUUGAACAUGAUCCGCAAAUCAUUGUAUUCUGUUUUUAUUUUCAACACAACAUCCCAACUUCAUCGGACUUGGUUUUGUAAGUGAAUACUUCUUUUUUUUUGGGUUGUCCCAUUAGGGGUCGCCACAGCUCGUCAUCUUUUUCCAUCCAAGCCUAUCUCCUGCAUCUUCCUCUCUGCCAACUGCCCUCAUGUCUUCCCUCACAACAUCCAUCGACCUUCUCUUUGGUCUCCCUCUCGUUCUUUUACCCGCCAACUGUUCCACCCCGCUUGAACCUGUUUCUUGACUUCCUUAGCACAUUCACCAUUGUUCUGGAUUGUUGACCCCUACUAUUUGAAGUCAUCCACCCUCGCUAUCUCUUCUCCUUCCACCCCUCACAUUCAUGCACAAAUAUUCUGUCUUCCUUUGGCUAAUCUUCAUUGCUCUUAUUUCUAGUGCUUGCCUCCACCUUUCUUACGUUCUCCACCUGCUCCCUGGUUUCACUGCAGGUCACGUUAUCUGCAAACAUCAUAGUCCACAGAGAUUCCAUUCUAACCUCAUCUGUCACCCUAUUCAUCACCAUCUUAUUUCUGAUGUAGUCCCACCUCCACCUUAAAUUCCUCUGUCACACCUACAGCAAACCUCACCACUGUUCUAGUGCCCUGACUUAAAUGCUUCUCUGCCAUUCCAGACUUACACAUGCAGUACUACAGUUCCUCUCUUGGUACUCUGUCAUAGGCUUUCUCUAGAUCCACAAAGACACAAUGUAGCUCCUUCUGACCUUCUCUGUACUUCUCCACUAGGAUCCUCAAAGCAAAUAAUGCAUCUGCGGUACUCUUUCUCGGCAUGAAACUAUACUGUUACAAGCAGAUACUUCUGUUCCGAGUCUAGCCUCCACUACUCUUCCCCAUAACUUUAGUUUUUCAUCAAAUCUAUUCCUCUAUAGUUUCCACAGCUAUCCACAUCGCCUUUGUUCUUAAAAAUGGUCACUAGAAAAUUGUAUUCACAUUUUUCAGGCAUCUUCUUACCCACUAAAAUUCUGUCAAAGAAGUUGUUUAAAAACUGCACAGCCACCUCUCCAAAAUGGUUCCAUGUCAUCAGGACCAACUGCCUUUCCAUUUUUCCUCCUCUUCUCCUUCUUCAUCCUGGUAGCCCUUCUAACGUCCCCCUUAUUAACAGUAAUACUAUUUACUAUUAUAUAGACACUACUUUCUGCACUGCUCUUAGUCAAUGUUACUUCUUUGUUUCGCUGACAACAAUAGUCGUAAUAAUGCUAACCAAAAAUAAAUUUUCUACUUUUUUUUAUAUAUGCAGCCUUUACUGUAUGUGAUAAUACACUCUUUCAAUACAAUAUACCUACUGUAACACUAAUCUAUUCUCAGUACACUUGUAUUUUUAUCCCUUUUCUAAGCGCUGAAUCUGUAGUUUUUAAAAAUGUCAGUUACUUUGUAGAACAACCAGAUGACUUAAGUCUUUAUGUAUUAUAUGAUAUUUUGUAAUUAUACAAAAACAGUUUUUAUUGUCUACCCAAAAUGGUUUUGAAGACACACAAAGAGUUGUGUGUCCCAAACUGUAAGUGGUGUUGCUAGUGUGUGUUUCAAACUGUCAAAACAAAUCAAGAAGAAUAUCACAUUGUUGCUGUCUGUAUUGUCAGAAGGCUGUGAAAGUGAAAAACAAACACAAACUGUGUAUUAAUAACUAAAAUAUUGGUUUUCAAAGUGUUUUCAAAGUUUUGCCAUUGUCAAAACAAAUCAAGACAAAAUACAGUGCAUCAGAAAAGUAUUAACAACCGUUGCCAUCUUUCACAAUAUAGCCAUAAUCCUCAACUGAUUUAAUUACAUUUUUUCUCAAUUUUUUGUUUACGUUUGUAAAACAAAACAUUUAAAUUCAAUAAAUUGCAAGAAGAUUCUGUGAGUAUUCACAAUAUGCAAAAACAUCGAGCUCAGGUGCACCCUUUGUUUUGUUUUUUUAACUAGUCAAUUAGCAUUUGCUAAACUCUUUUUCAUAUUGUCAUGUGGGGUUUGAAAUUUUUUGACGGAAAGAAUGAAUGGAUCCAUUUUGGCAUAAGGCUGUGAAUACGUUCCGGAUGCAUUGUAUUAUGCAAUAUCAGAAUGCUAAUGCUAUAUACAAAACGCUGACAAGGUGACGCACUUCUUUGUCAGUGGUAUCGUGAAAACUGAAAGAAAGCAUAAAUAAUAUGUAAAUAUAGAGUAUCUGCAACUGUCAAAACAAAUGAAGAGAGCGUUUUGCUACUGCUAAAAACAACACUAUCAAUGACUUUUCAGUGGAAAAAGUACAUUUUAGUGGAUGUAGCUGAUGCAUUUGCAACCUGCAACAUUAAUUCAUAAAUGGCUUUGAUGUGUUUCCUUUUGUGAAUUAUAGUAAAAAAAAAAUUUAAAUAAUAAUGAUGUUACAGUUCAUUAUCAAUAACUUUCCUUGGGCAUUAUGUAUAUUCAAUAAAAUGUGCCUCAAAAUGUAUGACAACAGUUAGCUUCACAAUAGUGCUAACAACAUUAGCUUCUAGCUGCAAUUAAGUCAGUUUCCCAAUACUUUUAACAGUGAGGUAAUGAGAUGAAAAUGGUUCAGGUCCUCUCAGUGAGAACACAAAGAUGGCUCACACAAACAGACACACAGGAGAGGUUCAGAAAUGCACUCCAAGUGCACCCUCUAUACUCUGGAGUGUUGUUGGAAUGUCCUUUUCAGUUAUUCAGAGGUUCAAAUUUUGCGAGUACCACAGAGUGUGUGCUGGCCGCCGCGACUGGGAAGAAGAAUGCCAGGAAGGAUGUCAAAUGUAGCUAUGGUACUAAAUCCAGAAAGAUAGCCACCAUUUUCUUUCCAUUUCAUUGUGCUGUAUUUUGAGCACAUGGAUUUACCACGGCAGUCCACCAAAAGUGUGUUUUCUCAUUGUUGUUUGGCACAAGGUAAUCCUUGUUCUUUUCAAAUUUCAUUCAUGCAUUGCCAUUUACUAUUGUAUCGAUCAUAAGUUACAUAAACGAAGGAAAAUUAUAUGCGCAUGAUUCACUCUGGCUGUAAUUUUGUGAUGGUAAAUCGGACGAUGGAUUUGCCUCUCAGUUUUGAAAAAAAAAAACAAAAACAAAUGAGAUGGCUCGAGCGCAGUUGAAAAAUGUGAAAAUGGUCUGUUUAAACAUCAAAUUUUCAACUAAGAAAAGUAACGGGCAUUUUUCUGCCAAAUAGUGAAGGUUUCGGUCCCAAAUUUUCCAAUGAUUUACAUUAAUUUGGCGGCAAGAAAUUUUGGGCCGAUUUGCGACAAAGAAAGUGGCAUGAAAUCUGAAAUCCUUAUUCGUUUCCGAUCUGUGUAUCACGCCUCUCUCCAACGAUAUCAAAAUUGAUACAGAGGUCCAUCCAUCCAUUUUCUGAGCUGCUUAUCCUCGCAAAGGUUGCUGGAGUCCUGGAGCCAACGUCUACCUUCGGCGGUCAGGAGGCAGGGUACACCCUGAACUGGUCAACAGCCAAUCACAGCGCACAUGGAAACUAGGUGCAGUUUUGAGUUUCCAAUGAGUGCAUAUUUUUGGGAUGUGGGAGGAAACCAAAGUCCCCAAAGUAAACCCACACUGGCACAAGGAGAGCUUGCAAACUCCACACAGCCGGGGCCGGGAUUCGAACCCCUUCGUCCUCAGAACUGUGAAACAAAAGCUCUACGGCUGUGCCAGCGUGCCACCUUAAUCGCAAUUAAUAAAUUACUAAUCCAUUAGUUUUAAAAUGAACACAUUUGAAUCCUAUUUUGUAUUCCACAGAACGCUGAGCCUUUUCAGUGCACAAGUUCUGGUACAACGAGUACAUCGAGGCACACGUCAGAGCUCUGCUGCCAAAAUUGGAGGAUGUUAUUUGUCAAAUGUUAUUUAAUAAAUAUUGUAUAGUUUAAGUUACAAAAUAUCCUAGUGUCAAAAAAGAUUCAAAUGCUCACUUUAUUUAUCCCAGGCACAGAAACAAAACAGUAAUAAACAAUAAAAUUGUAUAUUUUACAACAAUCCAACAAACCCAUGAGUUAAUGAUGAGAGCUUAACUUUUUUUUGCUGAAAUAUAGAAAUAUAUCUAUUUACACUCCUCCUACACAAUAUCAGUGUGUCUAUUUACCUGCUUGCUAACACUACUAAACAAUCCCAAACCGGUUAGUUUGUCCUGGAUUCCAUAAAACUGGGAAAUCAGAACGUCAUAAGGGGGAAAGUGCUUUUGACCUACAUGGUAUUUCAUAUUUUUGGGGAGGACACAUUUUGUCUUGAAAUUUACAAAUGUCCUUUAUUUGUUAGGUUUUUUUUUUUUUGAGAGAGAGAGAGAGAGAGAGAGAAUGUUUGUUUUUUUAAAUCAAGUUUGCCACAGGGCUUUGAUGUUGUUAACACUGACAUUUCAAAGUUGCUAAUUCCCAGUUUUAUUGAACGCAAGGUAAAUUGCCUCUUGCAGCUGCAGGCAGCAAACAUCCCCCUGAGUGUCAUCUCUCCUACAUGUUUUUUAUAUGGUGACAACAGUAAGGAAAAGAAGCAUUUAAGGCAUUUUCGGGGAUCACCAAACUACUGGACGAGCAACGUAAACAUCAGAUCGACAAGGCAAAGCAUGAAAAAGUGUUUGACCAUUUGAUAUCCCUGCUAUGCAUUUUAAGUUCGAUGUACUGUACUAGUAUGCCCUUUGUCCUCAUUCUGCUAUUUACGGGGAAAAGAAACGGAGUCCUGCCGCGAAUGGCUGAAAUCCCAGAGUCACUGACUAUCCCCCCAACAAGUGUUCCUGCUGUUUUACUCGUGGGUUUUUAGUGAGAACAAAGAGUGUACUAAUACUGUACAUCAGAAUCCUUUUUAUUUGCAAAGUAUGUCUAAAACACACCAAGAAUUUACAUGAAUGUGUGAAUCUGAAUAAAUCCUCAAAUAGCUUUCCAUAGCAAAGCGCUUGAAGUACUAUAGUCAAGAGAAAAAGAGAUCAUGGCACAUAGUAGGCAUCUCCAACAGUGGCACGGUGCGUGAAAAGUCCGGCGACGCUAAUGAUAAUUUAAAAUAUUUACAGUACAGGCCUUUUGUCAAAAAUAUAUAGCACAAUUACACGUAAAAAAAAAAGUUUCUUAAUAAAUAGUAAGUCAACUAAUUGGUUAAUGGUCCAUAAAUUGAAUUGGGGUUUACCAUUUGUACGUGGGUGUUCCAUCCUGACUGAAAUGUCAAAAACAGAAAUUACACAAGAAAAGUAGAAAAAACAACUACAGGGACCAGAAAGCAGCCUGUUCACAUUUUUGUGUCCUAUAUGUGUAUUUUUCGGUGAGCAUGAUUAAUUUCGUAGGACUGUGGGUAGUGGGUACUUUCUGGAUCGUGGAUGAUUAGACAACUGGAAGUGGGGGUUGGGGGCAGUUCAUGAACGUCACAUGAAACAAAAUCAAUGUGAAAAGUGUGUUUUGUUUAUUCGGUGGGAAACUCGCAAGCUACUUCCUAGUUCGCAAAAGAUUUAACAAAUGUAGAGGUCGGGAACCUUUUCGACAGAGAGCCAUAAAUGCCAAAUAUUUUAAAAUGUAAUUUCAAAAGAGCCAUACAAUAUUUUAAAAACUAAAUCCAAGUGUAUUUGCGCAUUUAUGUUUCUGAAUAAUUUUAAAUAACAUUGUUACGCUGUUGCUAACCAAUGAUGCCAAAGUACUUCUUACCAUUAUUGCGACUUCUGGUGCCGCCUGGUUUUGCUGAUGGCUUUAAAAGUCUGUUUCAUACGUCAUUAGAUUAAGUUUCAUGCAGGCGUUGAGACCAUUUCCCUUGUUGGGUCCAAACACGGAUUUGCUCCUGACUAAUUUGGACACUGGAAAGUAGCUCUUGACAUGCUUUCUUCCCGCUGGCCCGCCAGGAUAUCUGGAUGCAAACGUAGUAUGGCUCAUGUCAAAUUGGCGCUUUAUAUUUGAGUAUUUCAUCGUGGCAAUUUUGUCAUUGUAAUUUAGACAUACAACAGAAUCUUCUCUCUCCACCAAGGUGAAUUCCUCUGUCCAUUCUUGCCGAAAACUGCUGUACUCAUUUUAUUUUCUUUGAACGAUCUUUGUCAAAAGUGUUCCCACAAUUCGUCGCUCCGACAAGAUCUGCGUUUGACCCUUCUGCACUUGGGCACAUCGACUGACAUAUUGGAAAGCAAACUACGGCUACUUUACUAGGACAAACCUUCACUGCCGCAUUUGCAUUGCCUACGCCACAGUUAUGCCAUGUAGUGUGUUAUUAUGAGUGCUCAGAGAGCCAUAUGCAAUCAUCAAAAUGGGCAGAUAUGGCUCGGGAGUCAAACAAAGGCUCCUGAUCACUGAACUGACGGGAUGCUACCAUUUUGCAUUAAUUCAAAAGUAGUCCGAUUCCCCCCAGCAGAAUGCAAAUGGUAAGUCAUGUCUCAAACGGGAAGUAGGACCUGCAGGCUAAAAGAAUGAACAAAUGGCAAAGCGCUAAAAGUUCCAUCCACCCAUUUUCUGAACCCCUUAUCCUUACAAGGUUCGCAGGAGUGCUAGAGCCUAUCUCAGCUCACUGCAGACAGGGGGUGGGGUACACCCUGAACUGGAUGCCAGCCAAUAUCAGGGCACACGGAGACGGACAACAGUCGCACUCACAAUCACACCUACGAGCAAUUCAGUCUUCAAU